GGUGACGCGGCCGCGGAGGUGACGCUGUGUGGUCGCGCGCCCCUUCCGGCGAGGGGAGGGCGCUGAAGAUCGGGGCCGCUCGGCCGCAGGCCGCCUGCAGCACCGCGGGAUGUAGCGCGGGGGACCGCGGCCCCCAGCAGAGCCCACCCGGCCGGCCUGUCCACCACCGCAGGGAGCUCUCUGCCCCCUGGGGCUGAGAGGCCCCGACCUUGCCCCAAGCUGUGGCUGAAGGGCAUUGAGGUACCAGCCGGAUGUCUUCUCAUCGAGGAUCUGUGGUGGCUCAGGGCAGUGGGGCUCCUGCCAGUGACAGGGAGACUGACACGGUGGAACUGGCUGAACUGGGACCCCUGCUGGAAGAGAAGGGCAAACGGGUAAUCGCCAGUCCAACCAAAGCUGAAGAAGAGCAGGCAUGCCCCGCGCCCCAGGAAGAGGAGGAGGAGGUGCGGGUGCUGACCCUUCCCCUGCAGGCCCACCAUGCCAUGGAGAAGAUGGAGGAGUUUGUGUAUAAGGUCUGGGAGGGACGCUGGAGGGUUAUCCCAUAUGACGUGCUCCCCGACUGGCUGAAAGACAAUGACUACCUGCUGCACGGCCAUAGGCCACCCAUGCCCUCCUUCCGGGCCUGCUUCAAGAGCAUCUUCCGCAUCCACACAGAAACCGGCAACAUCUGGACCCAUCUGCUUGGUUUCGUGCUGUUUCUCUUUCUGGGCAUCUUGACCAUGCUCAGACCAAACAUGUACUUCAUGGCCCCCCUGCAGGAGAAGGUGGUUUUCGGGAUGUUCUUUCUGGGCGCAGUGCUCUGCCUCAGCUUCUCCUGGCUCUUUCACACCGUCUAUUGCCAUUCAGAGAAAGUCUCUCGGACUUUUUCCAAACUGGAUUAUUCAGGGAUUGCCCUACUGAUUAUGGGGAGCUUUGUCCCCUGGCUCUACUACUCCUUCUACUGCUCCCCGCAGCCACGGCUCAUCUACCUCUCCAUCGUCUGUGUCCUGGGCAUCUCUGCCAUCAUUGUGGCACAGUGGGACCGGUUUGCCACUCCUAAGCACCGGCAGACAAGAGCAGGAGUGUUCCUGGGACUUGGCCUGAGUGGUGUUGUGCCCACCAUGCACUUUACGAUCGCUGAGGGCUUUGUCAAGGCCACCACAGUGGGCCAGAUGGGCUGGUUCUUCCUCAUGGCUGUGAUGUACAUCACUGGGGCUGGCCUUUAUGCUGCUCGAAUUCCUGAGCGCUUCUUUCCUGGAAAGUUUGACAUAUGGUUCCAGUCUCAUCAGAUUUUCCAUGUCCUGGUGGUGGCAGCAGCCUUUGUCCACUUCUACGGGGUCUCCAACCUUCAGGAAUUCCGUUACGGCCUGGAAGGUGGCUGUACUGAUGACUCCCUUCUCUGAGCCUUCCCACCUGAGGAGUGGAGGAGGAACUUCCUAAGUGCUUUUAAAAAUCACUUUGUUGACGUGAGAGGAAGAGUCCGAGCUGUCUGUUUCUAGGAGAAGCCUCUUAGAAAACCCAGUACCAACCAAGCUUCAGCCCACUUCACACCCACGGGGCAAUAAAAUUUCCAUUUCCCUAGCUAAGGGGUGGGGCCAGACUUAGUCAUGCCCCUCGGCAGUCCCCCUCCUCAGCAAGGCAACUACCGUCCUUCGCAGAGACAGGACUUUGAAGCUCAUGUUGAGAUUUUUACCCCUCCAACCAUUUUGGCAAAAAAUGAUAGACUGGGACUCUUCAGAAAUUCUGUUUCUAGAAGGAAAUGUCCCUCCCUUACCCCUGUCCAUACUUUGUAACCUGACUUAUAACAGGCCAUCCAUUUUUGUAGUACACUUUUCAAAAACAAGUAUAACCUGGUCCCAUCUUUUAGGGCCCGGACCUGCUCACACAGCAGAAAGAACAAAACCACCAAGUUGGACACAGCCCGGCUAAUCAUGAGAGUGUGUCCAGGCUUCAGAUAACUUGAGUUUUAAUUUUUUUUUUCUUGGCAGAGUAAUGUAAAAUUAAAAUGGGGAAAGAUAUUUAAUAUUUAAUACUAAGCUUUAAAAAGAAACCUACUAUCAUUGCUAUGUAUCUUGAUGCAAAGAUUAUGGUGAUAAUAAAAGAAAGUGCAGAAGGCACUUGGCAGUCAGAGA